AUGAAAGUCGAAGAGCUCGUAAUCGACGGCUUCAAGUCGUACGCCACGCGUACAGUCAUCUCCGGAUGGGACCCGCAGUUCAACUGUAUCACCGGUCUCAACGGUAGUGGCAAGUCCAACAUUCUGGACGCCAUUUGUUUCGUGCUAGGUAUCACGACCAUGGCUACUGUUCGAGCUCAGAACCUCCAGGAUCUCAUCUACAAGCGAGGACAGGCCGGUGUGACCAAGGCAAGUGUCACCAUUGUUUUCGACAACUCAGAUACCGCCACUAGUCCUAUCGGGUUCGAGAAGUACGCCCAGAUCUCGGUGACCCGUCAAAUUGUGCUUGGAGGCACGAGCAAGUACCUGAUCAACGGUCACCGAGCGCAGCAGCAGACGGUACAGCAUUUGUUCCAAUCGGUCCAGCUCAAUAUCAACAAUCCCAACUUUCUGAUCAUGCAGGGUCGAAUCACCAAAGUACUGAACAUGAAGCCUGCCGAGGUGCUGGCUCUCAUCGAGGAGGCCGCUGGAACUCGAAUGUACGAGGAUCGAAAGGAGAAGGCUCUCAAGACUAUGGCGAAGAAGGAUGCCCGGCGCCAGGAAAGUGCAUUGCUUUUGGAGGAGGAAAUUAAGCCCAAGUUGGAUAAGCUGCGACAGGAAAAGAAGUCGUUCCUCGAGUACCAACACACCCAGUCCGACCUCGAGCGGGCUAUCAAGCUCAUUGUGGCACAUGACUACAUCAUGUUGACCCAGGGUGCUCAGGAGAUGACCGCCGCUAUUGAAGCGAUUGUUGCCGAGAAGGAAGCAAAGGCCCUAGCAGUGGAGCAGAACACACACGAGAUGGGCGUGCUCGAGCAGGACAUUGCCGAGGUCAAGGCUCGUCAGGCAGCCGAGGCGUCUAAAGAUACGAAUGUUUCUGUUCUUCAAAAGCAGGCCAAGGCUGCCUCCCAUGAAGUGGUGCGUCUCAACACUACAAUCGACCUGAAACGGUCCCAGCUUACCGAGGAAGAAGAUUCACUAGCCAGUCUUGAGGCUACUGAUCGAACCGAGGAGCUCCAGAAGCGCCAGGCCGAAGUUGACGCUAGCCAGAGAGAACUGGACGCUCAAACACAGCGUCUUGACUCCAUGACCAAGGCUCUCGAGUCCAAGCGUGAACUGCUACAGUCGCUUCAGACCGGUAUCGCAUCUUCGGCCGGUAAGGAGUCUGGCUACCAGCGCCAACUUGCUGAGGCACGUGAACAGGCCAAUGAUUCUCGUGUGGCAAUUGAUCGUGCUCAGAUGCGAAUCUCACAUCUGACAGAGGCUCUCAAAAGAGACGCUCCCAAGGUCGCCAAGGCUGAGAGCCAGAACCAGAGCGUGCUCGACAAGCUGGCUGGUCUGCGAGAAGCCAAAGGAGCUCUGGAAGCUGAAGUGGAGCGUCUUAUGGCUGUUCCCGGAGCCGACGAGGACUGGACCGGAAAGGAGCGCGAGUGCAUGUCGCGAAUCGAUGCUCUUUCUGCUCGAAUUGACUCCGAGAAGCGUCAAGCGUCGUUCUCCGAGUUCACCUACGCUCGUCCUCAUGCCAACUUCUCUGCUUCAUCCGUCAAGGGUUUCGUGGCCGAACUGCUGACCAUUGGAGAUGAGAACAUGGACAAGUGCAUUGCUCUGCAGGUUGCUGCUGGAGGCAAGCUGUUCAACGUUGUUGUUGACAAUGAGAUCACCGGUAAGGAGCUGCUACAGCGGGGCCGACUCAAGCGACGAGUCACCAUGAUUCCUCUGAAUAAAAUUGCUGCCGAAGGUCUAAUUUCUGCGGAGCGACUCGCCGUGGCCCAGCAGGUGGCCCCCGGCCGGGUUGGACGUGCCCUAGAGCUAGUUGGAUACUCCGAUGAGGUUGCUAAGGCCAUGGCUUAUGUUUUUGGCGGCACUCUUGUGUGUGUAGAUACCGAGACCGCAAAGAAGUGUGCUUACCAUCCCCAGAUUCGUGCUCAUUGUGUGACUCUGGAGGGAGAUCACUACUCGCCUGAGGGUACCCUUUCUGGAGGCUCUCAGCAGCGAAGUGGAGAUCUUCUCAAGAAGUUGACGAGCAUCAACAACCUUACACAGGAGCUGGAGGAGGCUCGAUACGAUCUCAGCAACAUCCAGAAGUCCAUGGCUCAGUUUUCCAAAGUUAUCUCUGAGCGACGACAGCUUGAAAACCAGCUUUCAAUUCGGGAGCACGAGAUCAAGACCGGCGAGAAGCAACUGGAGUCUUCUUCCAGUGCUUCUGUUCUGCGAAAGAAGCAGGAACAGGAGGCCGAGCUUCAUGAGCUCCAGGAGUCCCUUCCCACGCUCAACCAGAAGCUUGAAGACGCCAUUGCUCUGAUUGGAACUAUUGAGAGAGACAUGGCUGACUUUGGAAAGAACAAGGGCAGUAAGCUUGAGGAGCUGGCUGCUUCUGUCGAAGAAAUGGCUGCUGAAGUAGCUCAGCACCGGUCUGUUGUUGACGAGGCCUCAGCUGCCCAUGAGGACAUCCAGGUUUCUCUCGAGCAGUUUAUGUCCGACAUUACUGGUAUGAAAGACGAGGCCGAGGCUUUAAAAGAGGCAAUUCAGGCUACCCGAGGCGGCCUUGCUCAACUGGAGACUCAGCAGGACGAGGCCCGUGCUCUGGAGGCUUCUCUGACCCAGCAGGUUGAGGAGAUGAUGGCUGCUCUGCAUGGCAUGGACGAGGAGCGACGAUCUUUGGAGGCUACUCUUCAACAGAAACGAGACUUCCAUGCCGAUGCUCUUGUCGCUGCAAAGGAGGCUGAGCAUCUUCAUACCCGUAAGAUGAAGGAGCUGGAAGAUGCUUCUAAGGGCGCCACUGCCAUGGAGGCCAAGUACAACUGGGUCGCUGCUGACGCUCACCUGUUUGGCAAGCCCGGAUCUCAUUAUGACUACGAGAGUGUGGACAUCAAGCAGGUGCGACGGGCCGCUGGCCAGUUGGAGGAGCGAAUCAAGGGUCUCGGACACAAGGUCAACGACAAGGUCAUGAACAUGAUUGACAACGUUGAGAAGAAGGAAGCGACUCUACGAGGUAUGAUCAAGACCAUCGAGAAGGACAAGGUCAAGAUUGAGCAGACCAUUGUGUCUUUGAACGAGUACAAAUGCAAGGCUCUGACCAAGACGUGGAAGAAGGUGAGCGAGGACUUUGGUCAGAUCUUCGCGACUCUGUUGCCUGGCUCCUUCGCCAAGCUGGUACUUCUGGAGGGCAAGGAGAUUACCGAGGGUCUGGAAAUCAAGGUCAUGCUGGGUAAGAUUUGGAAGGAGUCUCUGGCGGAGCUUUCUGGAGGUCAGCGAUCUCUAGUUGCUCUGUCGUUGAUUCUGGCUCUGCUCCAGUUCAAGCCUGCUCCUAUGUACAUUCUUGAUGAGGUUGAUGCUGCUUUGGAUUUGAACCACACUCAGAACAUUGGUCAUCUGAUCAAGACGCGAUUCAAGGGCUCGCAGUUCAUUGUUGUGUCGCUUAAAGAGGGAUUCUUCAGCAACGCCAACCGAGUCUUCAAGGCUCGAUUCCAGGAGGGCUCGUCGUCCGUCAUUGCCAUGUAG